AUGGCCGAUUGGCCUCCAACAUCAACAACAACCCAUAAUCCUACUAACCGUUUAACGCAUAAAACACCGUCAACACCGACUGUAACUACAAAUAAUCAAAAUACGACAUCAAAUCAAAAUAAAUUACAAACAAUAUCAUCUCCACCAAAUUUUUAUUCUCAAAAUUCGCCAACAACGACUAAUACCUCUCUAAUUCAUGAAACAUUUCGUAGUACGUUGCGACUUGUCACGGGUACGGACAGUACAGAACAACAAGAGGUAACCAAACCGUCGUAUAUGUGUUAUCCUUCCAUGAUUCCAGAUGAUCCAUUGACUAACACAGACGGUCUUACCAAUGAUGGUAAUAUGAAUGAUCAUUUACGUACAGUCGCAGGAUUUGGAGCCAGUUUUAUAGACUCUGGACUUCAUAGUAAUCAAGAUAAUUAUCAAGAAGGCCAUGGACAUUUUUUUGUUAAAAAAACAUUUCAUAAACCGACUUAUUGUCAUCAUUGUGUAGAAAUGUUAUGGGGUCUUAUUGGACAAGGUUAUUAUUGUGAAGUUUGCAACUUUAUUUGUCAUGACAGAUGUAGAAAACUUGUUAUAUCACCAUGUUCUAGUAUUGCACCAAUUCUAAUCAAAAAUCCUGUCUGUCACAUAUGGUCUGAUAGCACUCGUUUCAAACGUAAAUUUUGUAAUGUAUGUCGAAAACGUUUAGAAGAUUUUUCAGCUGUACGAUGUGAAAUAUGUGAAUACUACGCUCACGAAGAUUGUAAAGAUUUUGCUGUUAAUGAUUGUCGAGAAACAGCCACUUAUGUUCCAAAUAGGGACAAUACAUCUGUUCGUCAUCAUCAUCAUUGGCGUGAAGGUAAUUUGCCAACAAAUUCCAAAUGUGCAGUGUGUAGAAAAACAUGUUGGUCGAGUGAAUGUCUCGCGGGUAUGAGAUGUGAAUGGUGUGGAAUAACAACUCAUAGUACAUGUCGGAUGAAAGUUCCCGAAGAAUGUAAUUUUGGUACAUUACGAGAUAUUAUCAUACCUCCGUAUGCAAUUAGUAUACCACGGAGUGAUCUAAACAAAGAAUCCAUUUUGGGCAUUGGACUAGUUCGACGAUUUAAUGAAGUACCAGCCAUAUCUUUUGUCCCUGCAAUAUCUCCAUGUUCUCCAUCAACAAUAUCAGUGGGCGCAACCAGUAGUAGUAAUUUUUUUUUCUCAACGAGUAAUACUGUUGGUCAGCAUACAGCAUUAACUGCUGUACGUAGUUAUAAUGAUAUGCCACCUCAAUCUCCAAGUAAAACAGAAAAAACAAAAAAAAAAACUUUAUAUCGUCGCUUACAGCGGCAAUCAUCAUUUGCAUUACCACGGAAAAAAACACAACGGGAACAUCGAUCAAUCUACAGGGUACGUAGUAUAUCUCAAGAAAAUCCCUCUGUUGAUGCUGCUCCUGAUGAAAAAUCUGAAAAAACGUCGUCAAACCCAUCAAACUCGGCAUCCAAUAAUACUCCAUACAUUAUAUCUGAUCAACCUUCUCAAGUACAAUUAUCUACUCCAAUAACAUCAAAUCCAGUACCAUCAUCAAAACGACGAGAUAAAUCAUCUAAAGCACAAGAUGAAGAAGAAGAAAGAGAAAUAAUCAAAGUAUUUGAUGGUAAUGCAGCAUAUCGUGAAAAUACACCGAGAGCUAUAUCAGUACCAAAAAUAGCGUCUUACAGACAAAUAUUGGAAGCCGCAUUACGUACAUUCCACAUUAACGAUGAUUUAAAUAAAUAUUGUAUAACUGUUCCUAUUGAAUCAGAUAAUGGAAAAGAUCAUUCAGUCGAUGAAAAUAAUCCAUUAAAAUCUAUCAGACAAUUAAAUUCUAAACGUCAUGUAUUUAUACGUUAUCGAGAAACAGAUAACGAUCUUCAUUUUGUUCGAGUUUAUCCCGGAAUAGUAAAUUGUAAAACAAAUGACUGUUUUAAAACGAUAAUAAUCGAUUCAGAAACAACCACAAGAGAAGUUGUGAGAAAAGCUUUAGAUAAAUUUGGAUUACACGGUGCCAUAUCUGAAAGUUAUUCAUUAGUAGAAGUUGUAUUAAUCUCAAAUAUUAAUUAUACAUACGCUGAUCGAGUAUUAGAAGAACAUGAUCAUCCAUUAUCUGUACUAAGACAGCAAAGACAAGAAUCUGUUCGUAGUCAUCGUGUCACUCGUUUUUACUUACAACAUAAAGAAGAUCCUCAUGGUCCAUCUGUAUCAUUAUUUGUCGGAAAUUUACCAACGGGUCUACGUACCGAACGUCAAUAUGAUCGUAUUUUAUUCACAGAUGUAUUAAAAUCAAACAAAGAAUUAAAAUGGGAUAAUAUGGAAGUCAUUUAUUAUGAACAUGGAGCAAUGGUUCUAGUUUAUAAUGAUAGUGUAAAAGCAACCAAAGCCUAUACAGAAUUACGAAAAGGAAUGUAUGACAAUAAACCGUUGAUGGUGCUAAUGUUGCCAAAUAUACAACCUCAAAUCAUGCCUCCAAAUGUAACGCCAUUAUUAGUAUUUGUUAAUGUUAAAUCAGGUGGUCAACAAGGUAGUGAAUUGAUAACAAAUUUUAGACAUUUAUUAAAUCCACAUCAAGUAUUUGAUUUACAAAACGGCGGUCCAUUGCCUGGAUUAUACGUAUUUCGAAAUAUUCCCCAUUAUCGAAUAUUGGCCUGCGGCGGAGAUGGAACUGUCGGAUGGGUGUUAAGUUGUUUAGAUAAUGUUGGACAAGAUGCAUUGUGUCAGUCACCUCCAGUUGGCAUUGUUCCACUGGGAACAGGAAACGAUUUGGCUCGUGUAUUACGUUGGGGAUCUGGCUAUACCGGUGGAGAAGAACCAAUAUCAUUGCUCAGGGAUAUAGUUGAAGCUGAAGAAAUUAAACUUGAUAGAUGGACAGUUGUCUUUCAUCAAGAUCAAGAAAAACGAGAUCCGGAAGGGACAACGAAUGAAGAUAAAACAGAAAUGUUUGUGAUGAACAAUUAUUUUGGACUUGGUUUAGAUGCCGAUAUAUGUCUAGAUUUUCAUAUGGCUAGAGAAGAAAAUCCGAAUAAAUUUAAUAGUCGUAUUCAAGCAAAAGGUUAUUAUAUUAAAACUGGAUUAAGAAAAAUAAUGAAAAAAGGUGGUCUGAAAGAUUUUACACGUGAUAUUAUUCUGGAAGUGGACGGAAAACGAAUUGAUUUACCAUCAUUAGAAGGCAUCAUAAUUUUAAAUAUUCUAAGUUGGGCUAGUGGAGCAAAUUUAUGGGGACACGAAAAAGAUGACAAAUUUUCACGUCCUACGCAUUAUGAUGGAAUGUUAGAAGUUUGUGGUGUUACAGGAAUUGUACAUAUGGGACAAAUACAAUCGGGAAUUAGAUCAGCUGUUAGAUUAGCUCAAGGAGGACAUGUUCAUAUUCGUAUGAAUAACGAUUAUCCAGUACCUGUUCAAGUCGACGGAGAACCAUGGCUUCAACCACCGUGUGACAUAACAAUAAUUAGAUCAGCACUAAAAGCUACAAUGUUACGUAAACGUAAAAGUAAAAUAAAACGUCGUAAUACUGAACCAACUGUAUAUUUUCCUGAUGCUGACGACGAUUCAAAAUGUUAG